GGAACUUCCGAGCUGGAGUCUCCAGUCCUUCUCCACAUUCCGGUUGAGUUCUGGAGGCCGUUGGAACUUCGAAUAUUGAUGAGAUGAAAGCUGCAUCGACCUCGGGCUAUUGAAUCCCGUGUAGUGGCGUAUUCGCUAGGCGUAUCGGACCAUACACCGGAUCUGGUGUAUGUUGGCAUGUGUGGUCAUCUAUAUAAGAGUCUGUGUGCCCCUAAUCCGAACUACCAAACACCUCACCCUCCAACACAACCGCCAUGCUGUCCUUCAAGACCGUGUUCUCGGCCAUUUUCCUGGCUGUGGGAGGAUUUCUCUUCGGAUACGACAGCGGUAUCAUCACUUCGACCAUCUCGCUUCCCACCUUCAAUGAGUACUUCACGCACCCCAGCGCCACCGUCACCGGCGGAAUCGUAUCCUCGUUCCAAGGUGGCGCGAUCCUAGGUACCAUGGUCAACAUGGCUGGUGCGGACUGGGCAGGUCGAAAAAGAACAAUCCUGGCUGGUGCUGUGGUUUCGAUUGUAGGAUGCGCGCUCCAGGCUGGGGCUGUCAGUAUGGCUAUGCUCAUCAUCGGCCGGUUCAUUGCCGGUGUCGCGGUGGGAAUGCUGACUGCGACAAUUCCGAUGUAUGCUGCUGAGCUGUCAGAGCCGAAAUGGCGAGCUACCCUGUCUGGCUUGUUACAGUGGAUGUUGAGUUGGGGGUUUUUGGUUGCGCAGUGGCUGGGAUAUGGAUGCUCCUUUUCUACCAACGAGUUCUCAUGGCGAUUCCCGCUUGCGUUUCAAAACAUCCCCGGUCUCAUUCUCGUCGCCGGUAUUUGGUUUCUUGAUGAGUCUCCCCGUUGGUUGAUGGAGAAGGACAGACACGAGGAGGCAAAGGCCGUUCUUACACGCAUUCGCAAAGGAGAGUCGGCAGAAACCAUUGACCUCGAAUUCCGUGAGAUUCGCGAUGUUAUUGCAGCUGAUCGGGCUGCGGGAAAUACGUCGUGGAAGACAAUCCUGACCAAGCCCUCCUGGCGACGGCGGUUGAUCCUGGGCUGUGGUGUGCAGGCAUUUGGGCCUCUUUCUGGGAUUAACGUCAUUAACUACUAUGGACCUAGGAUCUAUGAAAUCCUCGGAAUCGACAACCAAACUUCCCUCAUGAUCAUCGGCAUCAGCGGUGCGCUGUCCAUCGUAUACUGCAGCAUCGGCCUGUACCUUGUCGACAGAGUCGGCCGUGUAAAGCCUCUCUUCGUCUCUGCCAUCUUCCUCUCGGCCGCCCUGCUGGUGAAUGCAGUGCAAGCACAAUACAUGGACCAAAGCAACGCGAACCAACUGCGGUCCAUGGUUGCGAUGAAUUUUGUCUUCAGUCUGUUCUACACUCCCGUCGGGAUUAUUUCCUGGGUCUAUCCCGCUGAAAUCUUCCCCGUGGAGGUCCGCGCACUCGGAAACGCCCUGACGACCUUCACCAAUUGGACUGUUAAUCUGGUCUUCGCCCAGUUCACCCCGAAUGCACUGGACAGCGUUGGCUUCAAGUAUUUUUAUCUGUUCUUUGCACUGAACCUGAUUGCCGCUACUUGCUACUACUUCUUCUACCCCGAGACCAAGGGGCGUACGCUCGAACAGAUCGAUGAGCUGUUUGGCGACCAGCUUGUGCCGCAUGCCAUGGAGGAUCCCGAUGCUGCCGAUGCGGCUGUGGAGAAGCAGCAGGCCACGCACUGGGAGGGGAAUCAGAAGAAUGCGGGGCAGGUCUAGCUUAGUUAUUGUGUAUAGUAAUGUCCCAGUGAAUGGCAGUUAAUCCAAGGCAUUUAAUCAACAACUCGGAUAUCCCGU